UCAAAGAUACUCCGUUAGAAGGAGAUGCGGCUUAUACAAUCCCUAAUCGCGUUGCCAAAGUCGAAGUCGAAUGUCGAAUCCAGUCGAAUCCAUUGAAGUCGAUUUUACGUACAUUAUUGUGAUCUAGUGAAAGGUGUUGUGUUUAAUUUUGUGGUUAUUUUGUCAAGAAAAAUUAAAAAUGAUGCAAUUUAUGUUAUUGUUCAGUCGCCAAGGAAAGUUGCGUCUACAAAAAUGGUAUGUGGCACAUCCUGAUAAGUUGAAAAAGAAAAUUACGAGAGAAUUGAUUACAACGAUAUUAGCGCGAAAACCAAAAAUGUCAAGUUUCCUAGAGUGGAAAGAUGUUAAAGUUGUCUAUAAAAGAUAUGCAAGUUUAUAUUUUUGUUGUGCAAUUGAACAAAACGAUAAUGAAUUACUCACCUUAGAAAUUAUACAUCGUUACGUUGAGUUAUUGGAUAAAUAUUUUGGAAGUGUAUGCGAGUUAGAUAUAAUUUUCAACUUUGAAAAAGCAUACUUUAUCUUAGAUGAACUAUUGGUUGGCGGUGAAAUUCAAGAAACUAGCAAAAAAAACGUGUUAAAAGCCAUUGCAUCUCAGGAUUUACUACAGGAGUUGGUGUGUUACGUCCUUAUCAAAAUAAUUGAAUCAACACUGAGUAAGAGGAUGAAACUCCCCAGGGAUUCUUCGAGGACCAUGGUCUGGGAUAAUAUUUCCUAGACAAUUUGUCGAAUUUAAUGUAAGUGGAUUUAUGAUGAUGCUCCCAACAUUCCAGAAUUGUAUUUACCAUAUGCUAUGUUUAUUACAAUUAAGAGUAUAGUAUUGAAUGAGUCUUAAUUAAUCAGAAUUCAUUUUUCGAAUUGAAUUGAUAUCUAUAGUAAAUGAAUACAAUUUCAUCAUAGAUACAAAUUAUAACUGCUUCUUCAAUAUUGAACUUUCUUGUUACGGUAA